AUGUUGGAUUUGCAUAUUGAAACUGUAGCUGAGCAACCCGUAGGAAAGUGGAAGUGGUCUGUUGACCCCAGGAACAGCAGCUGGAGUAAUGAAUGACUCUAAUUUGGUCAGAAGAUGCUGGAGCGUAUGGGCUGGUCCAAGGGCAAGGGCCUCGGGAGAAGCGAGCAGGGUUCCACAGAACAUGUCAAAGUAAAGGUUAAAAAUAACAGCUAUGGACUCGGAGCCAAUGCCAGUCACGAGGAUAACUGGAUCGCCCACCAAGAUGAAUUCAAUCAACUUUUAGAGCAACUGAACAACUGUCACAGUCAAAACGGCAAUGAAACUCCACCAGAGGAGCAGAAAGGCUUCAGCUUGGAAGAGAAAUCCAAGACUUCCAAAAAGCGAGUUCACUACACGAGUUCACAAAGGGAAGGACCUUCCUCCCGUAGUGAAACUGACCUGAACUGUAUCUUUGGAAAGAGGGCAAAAUCUGUCAAAGAUCAGGAAAACAAUAGCAACAGUUCCCAGGGAGAGGAGGAGGAGCGUUUACCUUCUGUCUCAUCUGAGGUGGAUACAGAGUCCAUCACCAAGACUGUGAAAAGCACUCUGACCAUGCAGGAGUAUUUUGCCCAACGGAUGGCGCGGCUUAACAUGGCUUGUGAUUCUGCAUCUUCACUGGGUCCAUCGCAGGAAGAAAGUCCAGACCACGACACCGGCGUCAGCACAGAAGAGUCUAAAAAAAAAAAGAAAAAGAAAAGCAGAAAGUCUGUCAGUGAGCUGGAAGAUGGAGAAGAAACGUAUGUCGCUCCAAUACUUUCCCAGGAGGACCAGGAAGGAGCCCGAUUGGGCAAAAAGAAGAAAAAGAGGAAAACAGAAGAGAGCUGUAGCCCUGAUUUUGACGUGGAGCAACCGCCCUCCAAAAAGAAAAAGUCUAAAAAACACAAAACUGAGCUUCCAACUAGACACGAACACGUAGAAAAUGUGACUCUAGAACCUGAGUUUGUUCACCGAAUGGAGGGAAAGAAGAACUCCAAAAAGGACAAGAAGAAGAAACAUCAAGAAGAGAGUAAAAAUGACUGAAGUCUUCUUGAGUCUGUUAAACUGAUCCUAUUUGGAUCACAUGUGUACGCACAUUAAAACCUCAGUAAAGCCACAUAUUUGUGCUUUUGAUUAAUUGAUAACAGUAAGAUUAAAAUAUUUAUGUAGCCGCUUCAGUCUCAUCAACAAUGUAGUAUUUUUACUGGACCUCUACCUCCAGCAUUAACUAAGUAGACUGGUGAUCCAUCAUGUGUUGGUCAUGUCUGAUUUUUUUUUUUUUUUUUUUUGUAAUAUUUUAAGUUCCAAAUUCUCCCUAUGUAUUUAAGAUGGCUGUUUUUUUUCCAACAAUUUUCCAAAAUUAAUUUUUGAACCUUCUAUGAAAUUAAAUAGACUAAGCAAUAUUAAAUCAUGUCUGAUUUGUCUCAUUAUUUCCAAUUACGAAUGUCUCAACUUUUUUUUUUAUAUAUAAAAAAACUUC